AUGGGAGAUACGGAGGGGAACGCUUGCAAUGCCGAGCUAUUUGAUUGCAAUGAGGAAGAAAAGAACAAGAAGAAGACGAAGGAAGCGACGGAGAGACUUGAUGCGAAAGCAUCAGCAGAUUCUGCAACUGUAAGCAAUGGAGGUGAUGUUAGUACUGCUAGUGGCGUUAGGAUGUCUCUUUUCGAUUUUUCGGUUGAAAGUUUCUUCCGAGACAUGGAUACCAUUGCCAGACUCUGCGGGAAAGAAGAACGUGAUGCUGCUAUGGACCAAAGCGCGAUUCAUAGAAUUUCUUCCUCGUUUGCUUUUGGACUUGAAAGCUCUGAUUGUUUUGAUGGAAAAGACGUUAGUGCCAUAAAUUUGCCUCCAUUUUCAUCUGCCUCCGUUCCUGAGCAUGAUAUGCAAAAGGAGCAACUUGGGGAGGACAUAUCUCAGGAAUGCAGAGAUUUUGUGAUGAAUGUGGGAGGUCCUGUAUGGGCAUUAGAUUGGUGUCCUCAGAUACAUGAAAAGCCCGAUUCUUCAAUAAAAUGUGAGUUUAUUGCUGUCGCUGCUCAUCCACCUGGCUCUUCUUAUCACAAGAUGGGUGCCCCACUUACUGGCAGAGGUGUCAUACAAAUAUGGUGUCUUCUAAAUAUCAGGGAUGACAAUGACAAAUCAACCAAAAAAACGGGGCCUAAGGGAAGACCUAGAAAAAAUCCAACAGUGGUAGAUGAUAUGAAUUGUGAUAAAACAGAUGGAGACACAAAUGAUAAAUCAACCCAAGUAAAGAAGCCUAAAGGAAGACCUAGAAAAAAUCCAACAGUGGUAGAUGAUAUGAAUUGUGAUAAAACAGAUGGAGACACAAAUGACAAACCAACCCAAAUAAAGAAGCCUAAAGGAAGACCUAGAAAAAAUCCAAUAGUGCUAGCCGUGGAUAAUAUGAAUUGUGAUAAAAAAGAUGAAGGUGCCAAUGAAAAAUCAACACAAAUAAAGAGGCCUACAGGAAGACCUAGAAAGAAUCCUACAGUCACUGCAUUGGAUGAUGCAAAUUGUGAGGUCCAGUAUUCACCAGCAACUCUUGCUGUUCAAUUUCUGGAAAAUUCUACGGGGUUUCCUAAUCCAGAUGGAAAUCAUGGAAAUAAUGAAGAAAUACUUCCUAAUAAAGAUGGAGGCACAAAUGACAAAUUGACACAAAUAAAGAGGCGUAGAGGAAGACCUAGAAAAAAUUCCAUAGUAAUUUCAGUGGAUGAUGUGAACUGUGAGACCCAGAACAAGUCAGCUUGUGAUGUUCAAGUUGAACAAAAUUCGACUGAGUUUCUUGCUUCAGAUGGGAAUCUUGAAAACAAUGAAGCAAAGCUUAUUACAUACAAAAGAAAAAGAGGAGCUAAGAAAAAUGAAGAGACAGAUGAAAAAUCAGCACUAAUAGAAAGGCCUAGAAGAAGACCAAAAUCAAAUUCAAAAGAAGUAACAGCUGAUGAUCCAACUUGUGAUAAUGAAUCUCUGCCUCUUGAUAUUCAAAAUUCAGAAGAUUCAGCUGAAUGUCUUUCUCCAGAUGUGGCUCUUGACAAUUGCAAUGAAAAAUCAGUACAGAGGCUUAGAAGAAGACCUAAAUCAAAUUCACUAGGAGUAAUGACAAUCGAUCCAAAUUGUGAGAAUGAAUCUAGUAGGCCUCUUGAUGUUCAAGUCCCAGAAGAUUCAGCUGAAUUACUUUCUCUAGAUGUGGCUCGUGACAAUUGCAAUAGAUAUGCUUUGCGACAAUGUUCUGUUACAAAGCAAAGACACUCAAAGGAAGCUGUUUCUGCCUACAAUACUAUUUCAAAACCUAUUGUUAAAAGCAGAGGAUUGAAAAUUAAUCAUACGGAGGGGAGAUGUGGUCAAGAUACAAGUCAGCCACUACAGUAUGAUAACGAGGCAAAUCAUCAACUAAAUUGUACCUCAGAAUUGGAAGCUCCACGGACUACUUGUUGUAUUCCAGAAGAUGUAACUUUGCCUAGGGUAGUUUCAUGCCUAGCUCAUAAUGGAAAAGUGGCAUGGGAUGUAAAAUGGCGACCUACUAACAUUUCUGAUUCUUUUUGCAAACUCCGAAUGGGCCAUCUUGCUGUCUUGUUGGGCAAUGGGUCUUUGGAAGUGUAA